AUGAUGAAUUUGGGAAAUAUAAGUGACCAACUACCGACAUAUCCUAAUAAUAUUCAAGGCGAAUUACGUUUGAUAUUGCAAACAAAAGAUAUUUUUCUUGUAUGCUAUAAACAUCUUGAGGAAUAUCGUCGACUAGUUAAUGAACAAAACCGACUGAUUACAAAGGAAUUUGUACAAGAGCAGUUACAGAUUGGAGAAGAUGAAAUAGCUGAACUAAAAAUUGAAUUACAAGAGGCCGAAAAUCGUCUAGGAGGCCGUUUACGUCACAAUGAACUGUUAGCUGAUCAAUUAGCAAGUCUUGGUUAUGCUUCUCUUGAAUCAGGUGCCAGUGUUCGUCAUUUAGCAUUAUGUCGUUCUCCCCAAAUGCGGAAAAAUAUGUUGGCGCAGCGUCAAGGAGGGUCAUUAGGUUUUCAGAAAUAUUCUGAACCGCGACCUCCAACGCACAUGAUUGACAACAUAGCGUUGGCGAUUGCAGAAAUUCAUCAAGAGGUGAGGGCAAAAGUUAAACCUUUGCUCGAUUACUACAGAGAUUUAUUUUACCUACAACUUCACUUCAGUUUAGUACUUGGCCAGGUUUGCAAUUACUGUAUGCCUCUAGUUACUGAAAACAUUGGCUUAAUUGACAGGAUAUUUUUCUGGUCAGAGCGUCCUGAGUUUGACCUUGUACGCCGUGCUGGAGAUAUCGGCGAUAGACUGAAAGAAAUUUAUACUAGGGCUCAAACUGUUUUGGGUGUGCUAGCAGAAUCUGUCAGGUUUCUGCAGUCGAAAGUUGAAUUACAAAAAACACUGGAACAAAGAUUUCACGAACGCUUGGAUGAACAACAAAAGACUAAAGAUAAAAUUUUACGUGACGUUCAUGCAACUAAACAAAAUAUGGAUUUAUUAGAAGAAGAAAAUGACAGGCUUGUUGGUAGUUUGGUGAAAGUCGAUCCUUCAUUCGUCGAUAGCAGACAUUUUUAUGAACUAGCAGAAGGCGGAAAUCUAAUGGGUGCCAAGCACUCUGCUAGUGCUAAAGACACUGGAAAACAUAAUGCUGAGGAUAGUUCAGAUGUAAUGAAUAACAAUUCACCUAAAAUCAACAAAAUGGAUACAUUAAAUGAGACGAAUUUCGAAGAGAAUAAUAACUCCAAUAAAGUUAAACAAAAGCUACCAAAACAACCAGAAAUCAAAUGCUCGCCACAAUUAAGAAGAAAUUCAGCUGACGCAAAUAAUAAUAAAGCUGUUAGCCUUUCUGGCGACCUCCCAGAAGUGAUCAAUACAACACGUCCGAAGAACAGAAAAAAAAGUGUGAAAAAUAAAGCAGAUAAAGAUCUUAGGGAAAAACAUACUAAAAGUAAAAAGCUGGUACGCACUAAGUCUCAAGAAAAUAUAUCUGCUCACACUCCUACGUCAGUAAGUAUGAUCUCAGACACAUAUAACUUUAAUACAAGUGAAGAUUUAACUCCAAAGCCGAGAAAAAAUUCUAUACAUAUACGACACAACAGAUCAAGGAGUAAAAGUCGCAAAAAAGAAGGUGAACCUAGGAGAUCUUCCUCUAGUAGGGAAUUUCACAGGCACAAAAGUCGAAGGGUAAAGAGCUCUGAAAGGGAUGAAAAUCUAGAACGUACAUUAAAAAGUCGAGCUAAAAGUAGUAUGCCAAACAGAAGAAAUAGAGAUGACAAGAAAGAUAUGAUAAAACGACAUCGUCGUUCUUCCACCCCAGAGCCUGUGACAGUUAGAAAGCCAAACACGCAUCAGGAAGCUCAAGUCGAACAACCAAAUCUAAAUCUAAACAUAAUGCCAUCGUUAAAGGCAAAAAUUUUGGGAAGAACUAAAGAUCUAUUAGAAGCAGCAUUACAUCGUACACUGAAAUCCAACAGCAGUGAUCAGACAUCCCCUGCAGAAGUUGGAACAGGUUCAUCUUCAGCAACUGGUAGAAUGGAACAAGAACCAAAUGUUGAGGGUGUUACAAGCGUAUCAUCAUUUGAUUCCCUUGUAAUUGCUGAUUCACCACUAGGUGAGCCAGGAAUGAUGUUAGGAUCUCAUACUACACCGGUCAGACAGUUGCAAAAGAAAAAUCGUCGAACACUUGAUAGUCAUAAAAAUAAAACAAGAAGUAAUAAUUCAACAAAAUCAUUGUUUGUGGACAAUUUAGUCCAACAAUCACUUCCUGCAUUAUCAACUGAUGUUUUACUGACCGAAACAUCAACUGAAAAUAAUGCGAAUUUGCUUAAUGUGCAUUUAAAUGACACCAAAAGACACAAAAGGAAAUCUUCAAAACUUGAUAAAAUGUCAAAUGAUUUAGGAGAUUUCUUGACAGGAACAAAUUUCGAACAAAUUCAUACACUACCCAGCAGUAGUGGAUUACCAUCUCUUACUUGA